CCCGAGUGUGAUCGACUGGAGGGAGGUGCUGAGCUGGGAACAGGCAGAGAGACACCAGUUCUGAGGAAAAGGCACGCACACACAACGUGAGAGACAUGGGAGUGUGAUCAGUGCUGGAAUGGGGUGUUUCGUGCUGUAGGUUUGCUCUGCAGGACCUGUUUCUGGAGGGAAACCGAAGGGCUGGACACAGGAGACGGACACAGGAAUUCCAGGUCACAAGGGCUCCUGUGGCAGAGCUCAGUCUUGGCUGGGUUGGGCUGGGCUGGUAUUCCAACCUCUCCCUCUCACCGUCAUGAACAAAACAGAGUAGGACCAGAGAAGGAAUAAACAUAUUUCAAAGAGAGGAGAGUGUUCAAUCACAAAUCGGGGUGAGGGAGGCUAGUGUUUCUUUAAAAUCAGUGGUCAACUUGUGGCCUGACCCCCUUAAUGAUGGGAUCCUCUGUUGAGUUUGCCUGUUGGUUGCUGGUGGUUUCUGCUCUUGGAAAGAUCCACACAGUGGUUGGGGGUUGUCUGGGGAAAUGCUGCCGGGGCAGGGACCUGAGCUGCUUCACCACUGAUUGGAGGAUGGACCGUGUUUAUGGGACAUGCUACUGCGACGAGGGCUGCGUCAGGACCAAGGACUGCUGCUUUGAUUACUUCACAGAGUGUCCAGCUCAGGAUUGUGCCGUGAGUGACUGGAGCUUUUGGAGCGGCUGCGCCAAGCCCUGCCAGCCUUCCGUGAGGGUCCGAGUCCGUCACAUAGAGCAGCAGGCCAGUAACAGUGGCGAGCCCUGUCCCAGGCUGGAGCAGCGAGCCGGAUGCAGGGAGUACAGAGACCACCAGGGCAGGAACUGUGGACUCAAAUCAGGUCCUGCGUUGAUCACCAGCAUGGAGUUUGGCAAGGGGAGGCCCAAACAUGACAGCUAUGGAAACCCCCUGGACCCUGGGUUCUGUGUGGAAUUCGCUCUGGAGUCACGGACGCCACACUGUACAGUGGAGAACCGGCCACACACACACUGGAUGCGCUACAUAACAGAAGGAUUUAAAGUGUGUGUGGCAUGUGAGCCUCCUGCAAUGCGAAACAAUAGUGGCAGCUGCCAAGGAGAUGGUCAGGAAUCAGACAAAGAAGCUGUGCUGCACUGGCAGGCGGUGGGGAACCCUCGGUGCAGCGGGACGUGGAAGAAGAUCCAGAAAACCCAGCAGUGCACCUGUCCGCCACAGCACAGUUUCGUCUUUAUCUGAUCCACACAAAGCGCCGCAGAACAAAAGCUCUGAUCUGGAGUCCACAGAAACAACUAAGAUCCUCUCCUCAGUGGACCUGUAAUAAUGAGCUCAGACCAGGUGCUUCGACACCACAGGCUUUCAUCACUAAGAAAAGACUGAUGACGUGACACUCAGUGGUGAUACAAUGCAAUGAUGUUUCUAAUAUGCUCCACACUGACAAAGGCAUGUUCCAAUCACUGCAGUUGCCGUGUACGUCAGCUGUUGUAACAGUGUACAGUAUUUCAUCUUUCUCUAGUACAUUAUAAGCACUUAUCAGCUGAUUUUUGUAUAUGUUUUAUUGUAAUACACCACUGCUGUAUUGA